GCUGCCAGUCACUUGCAUUUUUCAGAGUUCACUCAGUACUGAACAUUACCUACAUUAUUAGUCCGUUGAACAUUUCCUGCAUUAUUACUUGCAUUUCUAUCUGUUUCAAGUUUCUCCCUGUCAAACUCAAUUCUUCCAUUGAUUAUCAAUCCGUCGCCUGCAACUAUGGCCGAAGCGGUUGUCGGGGGCGUUGUGGAGUCCAUCACCGGACAUCUUGUUUCCCUCAUCGCCCAGGAGAUUGGACUAGCGUGCGGUGUCAAAGCUGAGCUCGAGAAACUUCAGACCACUGUCUUUAUCAUAGGUGGUGUGCUUCGCGAGGCUGACAAGAGACGAGUUGAGGCUGAGGAUUGGAAGGCAUGGCUCAAGAAGCUGAAAGAGUUGUUUUACGAUGCGGAUGACCUGUUGGAUGACUACUCUACUGAAGCUUUGCGCCGUCGGAGAGGGACGGGAGGAGGUAAGCGGAUCCUCAAUCAGGUGAGUAUCUUCUUCUCCUCUUCCAACCAGAUCCUUUAUGCCAUUAAGAUGGCUCAUCGAGUCAAGGAGAUCAGGAAGAGGAUCUAUGAGAUUUCGGAUGUCAGGGUUCGUCUUCUGCUCGAUGGACAUAGUAAUCCUAUUGGGAGUUCGGUGGAGAACCCAGAUAGGCCGGAAACUUAUCCGUCAGAAUCUGAACUGUAUCUGAUGGGACGAGAUGAGGACAAGAAGGAAGUUAUCGCGUUCUUACGCGAUCCUGAUUUUGAGGAGAAUGUUUCCGUCCUCCCAAUAGUGGGUGUGGGAGGCCUAGGGAAAACGACAUUAGCAAGACUUGUGUUCAACGAUGACGAGGUGAAGAAAUAUUUCGAGAUGAAGCUAUGGGUUUGUGUGUCUAUCAAUUUCAAUGUGGAGGAUAUUCUGAGGAAGAUAGUACGAGAAUGCACCUCUAACAAGGAACUAAUUGCAAAUCUCGACGGGAAUGAGUUGCGAAAAGAGCUGGGAAAAGGGCUCAAUGGAAAGAAGUUCUUACUUGUUUUAGAUGAUGUGUGGAAUGACAAUCGAGCUGAAUGGGUGAAACUUCAAGGAUAUCUCAUGAACAGUGCCAAAGGAAGUAAGAUAUUGGUAACCACUCGCAAUACUGGGGUGGCGGAAACUAUGACUCGAGAAUUUCAUGAAUUGAGUGGCUUACCUGAGGAUGAGGCGCUCUCGUUGCUGAUGCGAAUGGCAAUGAAGGAAGAGCAUGAGUGGAGAAAUAAAAAUCUAGAAAAGAUUGCUAGAGAAAUUGUGAAGAAGUGUGGGGGAGUUCCCCUUGCAAUUAGGACGAUUGGGCGAUUGUUAGUGAAUUCUAAAUGUACGGAAGGAGAUUGGUCGAAUUUCAAGGAUAAUGAUUUAUCUUCGAUAAAUCAAGAUGAUGGUGACAUUAUGCCAACGCUUAAGUUGAGUUACGAUUUUUUGCCAUUGCAUUUGAAACCGUGCUUUGCUUAUUGCAGCUUAUUUCCGCAAGAUUAUGAGCUAGAACCACGUGAUCUUGUCUAUCUUUGGAUGGCACAUGGAUUUAUUAAUAAACCUCAAGGCAAUAAGAAAACUCUUGAAGAAGUAAGUUAUGAUUAUUUCAAGGAGCUGCUUUCCAGAUGCUUUUUCCAAGACAUACGAGAAAAUGUGUACGGCGACAUUAUAAGCUGCAGAAUGCAUGAUUUGAUGCAUGACCUCGCACGGUUUGUAGCAGGAGGGAAUUGCAUCACCAUUGAUAGCUCACAUGAAGGGAGGUUCCAAGAAGGAGCUCGCCAUGUAACUACCAAUGAUCUGAAGGUGUUGAAUGUAUUUGAGAGAGACAGAAGAAUAAGGUCCCUGUUUCUUACGGCUGAAGAGAGUACUGAUAUAUUUGGAAAUGGGAUUCAUAUUGCUGUUCUGGAUGUUUCGUGUUUUAGAAGUCUACGGGCACUACGUCUUUGCGAUGUCAACAUAAAGGAGAUUUCACGUUCCAUUGGUAAACUCAAGCAUUUGAGGAGCCUUGAUCUCUCAGGCACUAGAGAGUUAAGGUAUCUUCCGGAUUCCAUAAGCAGGUUGUGCAAUUUGGAGAGCCUUAAUCUCAUAGAAUGUCGGGAUCUAGAAGGAUUACCAAGCGGCAUUACGAAGUUGGUCAAUUUGAGGCAGCUCAGUGUGAGGGGAUGUUAUAAGUUGACAGGGUUGCCGAGGGGGAUUGGAACGUUGACUAAUUUGCAAAUGUUAGAUGAAUUCACGGUAGGGAAGGAAUCGGACCAAAAUGCUGCAAAGCUGAAUGAGCUGAGCGGGCUUACCGGGUUGAAGAAAGGACUGGCUAUUUGGAGAUUGGAAAGAGUGGGGAGUAGUAGUAUUUCGAGCGAGGUGGAUGCUUCCCUUCUCGAUGGAGAAGUUAGCUGAUCUUCAAUGUUUGAAGCUAUAUUGGUUCA